AUGGUAAAAAUUUCUAAAAAAAACAAUGUUCGACUGAAACAGUUACUUCGGAAAAUGUGUCUAAUUGCAUUGGAUGAAUUAACAGAAGCUUUGGAAAAACGCGUUUGGACAAGACCAUGCCUUUUAAAAAGGAAUGAUCGUGGAUCAUCCUCACUGGUUUUAGAAGAACUUCUCAAUGAAGACAUAAAAGAGUCUGUCAGUAUUUUACGAAUGAUGUCAGAUGUGUUUGAUGUUCUGUUGAGUCUUGUGAUGCCAAAAAUUCAACAGCAUACUAUUAUGAGAGAGGCUUUACCAGCAAGGGCUGAAUGUUGCGGUGUUAGAGGUCCUUCUGACUGGAAAACUAUAACAAAAAGUGAUGUACUGCCACAUACUUGCUGUCCUCACACGCAAGAUAAUGACUCAUGCACAAUAAAUUCUGAGCAUGUUUACCAAGCCUCCUGUUUAACAAAUUUGAAAGAGAUUUUUGUCAAAUACGGCAUUAUUAUUGGAGGAGUCGGACUGGGAAUAGCAGCCUUGCAGCUGAUUGGAAUAAUAUUUGCCUGCUGCUUAGCUCGUUCCAUACGCAAAGAAUAUGAAACUGUGUAA